UGGAUCCCUCCUCUGUUGCCUUGGUGACCCUGGGCUCUUCAAAGGAGAUGCUGUUCGAAGGAGGUCCCAGGCCCUGGGUCCUUGAGCCUUCGAAGUUCUUCCGGAACGUCACCUCCGAGGACACUGACAGCAUCAGUCUGGCUCUCUUUGGCCCCCCUGCCUCCCGGAACUACCAGCAGCACUGGAUCCUUGUGAUCUGCCAGGCCUUGGGCGAGCAGGUCAUCGCCCUCUCGGUGGGAAACAAGCCCAGUCUCACCAACCCCCUCCCCGCGGUGGAGCCCGCCGUGGUGAAGUUCAUCUGUGCCCCGCCGUCCAGGCUCACCCUCACGCCUGUCUACGCCAGCCCCCAGCUGGACCUGUCCUGUCCGCUGCUGCAGCAGAACAAGCAGGUGGUUCCGGUCUCCAGCCAUCGCAACCCCCUGCUGGACCUGGCCGCCUAUGACCAGCAGGGCCGCCGAUUCGACAAUUUCAGUUCUCUAAGUGUCCAGUGGGAGUCCACCAGACCGUUGCUGGCCAGCAUCAAGCUUGACCCACCCAUGCGGCUGGUGUCCCAGGACGAUGGGAGCGGCCAGAAGAAGUUGCAUGGUUUGCAGGCCAUCUCAGUUCACGAGGCAUCGGGAACCACAGCCAUCUCUGCCACUGCGACUGGCUACCAGCAGUCCCACCUCAGCACAGCCCUAGUGAAGCCGCUGCACGCCCCUCCCAUGCCUGUGACGGCAUCCAUAGAGCUCAUUCUGGUGGAGGACGUGAGGGUGAGUCCGGAAGAGGUGACCAUCUACAACCACCCUGGAAUCCAGGUGGAGCUCCACGUCCAAGAAGGUUCUGGGUAUUUCUUCCUCAACACGAGCACCGCAGAUGUCAUCAGGGUGGCCUACCAGGAGGCCAGGGGCAUUGCCACGGUGUACCCUUUGCUCCCGGGCUCGUCCACCAUCAUGAUCCACGACUUGUGCCUGGUCUUCCCGGCCCCAGCAAAGGCUGUCAUUUAUGUCUCGGACAUCCAAGAGCUGUACAUCCGUGUGGUUGACAAGGUGGAGAUUGGGAAGACAGUUAAGGCAUAUGUCCGCGUGCUGGACUUCUACAAGAAGCCUUUCCUAACCAAAUACUUCGCCUUCAUGGACCUGAAGCUCCGAGCAGCCUCUCAGAUCAUCACAUUGGUGGCCCUCGAUGAAACCCUCGACAACUACACCGCCACGUUCCUCGUCCAUGGUGUGGCCAUUGGCCAGACCAGUCUGACCGCAAGUGUGACUGAUAAAGCCGGACAGAGAAUCAACUCAGCCCCACAACAGAUCGAAGUCUUUCCUCCAUUCAGGUUGAUACCCAGGAAGGUGACGUUGAUUAUCGGGGCUAUGAUGCAGAUUACCUCCGAGGGUGGCCCCCAGCCUCAGUCCAACAUCCUCUUCUCCAUCAGCAACGAAAGUAUCGCUGUGGUGAGCGGUGCUGGGCUGGUGCAGGGCCUCGCCGUGGGCAAUGGCACCGUGUCAGGGGUCGUGCAGGCAGUGGAUGCAGAGACUGGCAAAGUCGUUAUUGUUUCUCAGGAUCUUGUGGAGGUGGAGGUGCUGCUGCUCCGGGCAGUAAGGAUCCGUGCCCCCAUCACACGAAUGAGGACGGGGACCCAGAUGCCUGUCUACGUCACCGGGAUCACCAACAACCAGAACCCUUUCUCUUUUGGCAAUGCCGUGCCAGGCCUGACCUUUCACUGGUCUGUCACCAAGCGGGAUAUCCUGGAAGUCCGAGGGCGUCACCACGAGGCAUCUGUCCAGCUCCCAUCACAGUACAACUUUGCCAUGAACGUGCACGGCCGGGUGAAAGGCCGGACGGGGCUGAGGGUGGUGGUCAAGGCUCUGGACCCUGCAGCUGGGCAGCUGCAUGGCCUCGCCAGAGAACUCUCUGAUGAGAUCCAAAUCCAGGUUUUUGAGAAGUUGCUGCUGCUGAAUCCUGAAAUAGAAGCAGAACAAAUACUAAUGUCUCCCAACUCAUUUAUAAAGCUCCAGACAAACAGGGAUAGUGUGGCCUCUCUGAGCUACCGAGUUCUGGAUGGGCCCGAGAAGGUUCCUGUCGUGCACAUAGAUGAGAAGGGCUUCCUGGUGUCGGGGUCUGUGAUCGGGACAUCCACGAUCGAAGUGAUUGCCCAAGAACCUUUCGGAGCCAACCAAACCGUCAUUGUUGCCGUAAAGGUGUCUCCUGUUUCUUACCUGAGGAUUUCCAUGAGCCCUGCCCUGCACACCCAGAGCAAGGAGGGUCUGGCAGCCCUGCCUCUGGGAAUGACCGUUACCUUCACUGUCCACUUCCACGACAACUCCGGAGACAUCUUCCACACUCACAAUUCAGUCCUCAACUUUGCCACUAACAGAGAUGACUUUGUGCAGAUUGGGAAGGGUCCCACCAACCACACCUGCGUCGUCCGCACCGUCAGCGUUGGCCUGACACUGCUCAGCGUACGGGACACAGAGCACCCGGGCCUCUCUGACUUCGUCCCGCUGCCCGUCCUACAGGCCAUCUCCCCAGAGCUGUCUGGAGCUGUGGUGGUGGGGGAUGUCCUCUGCCUGGCCACAGUUCUGACCAGCCUUGAAGGCCUCUCAGGAACCUGGAGCUCCUCAGCCAACAGCAUCCUUCACAUCAACCCCAAGACAGGCGUGGCUGUGGCCCGGGAUGCAGGAUCUGUGACGGUGUACUAUGAGGUCUCGGGGCACCUGAGGACCUACAAGGAGAUAGUGAUCAGCGUCCCUCAGAGGAUCGUAGCCCAUAGAGUCCACCCUGUCCAGACCAGUUUCCAGAAGGCCACAGCCUCCAGAGUGAUCGUCACUGUGGGAGACGGAAGCUCUAACUUGAGAGGUGCGUGCUCCCCCACCCAGAUGGAAGUCCUCGAGACCUUGCACCCAGAGUCCCUUCUCAGCUGCCAGCUGCAAUUCAAGCAGGACAUGGUGGAUUUCUCAGCACGUGAUGUUUUCACUGUAGAGCCGGGGUUCGACGCUGUUCUAGGCCAGUACCUCUGCUUGGUCACGAUGCACAGGCUGACGGACAAGCAGCUGAAGCGCCUGAGCAUGGAGAAGACAGCUUUGGUGGUCACCGCCUCCAUCCCUGGCAGCCUCUUCUCUGUGGAGCAGGUUGGGGCUGAAGUGCCCUUCAGCCCAGGGCUCUAUGCUGACCAGGCUGAAAUCCUUUUGAGCAACCACUACACCAGCUCCGAGGUCAAGGUCUUUGGUGCCAUGGAGAUUCUGGAGAGCCUGGAGGUGAAAUCCGGAUCCCCGGCUGUGCUGGCCUUCGUGAAGGAGAAGUCUGUCGGGCCACCCAGCUUUAUAACAUACAUGGUCGGUAUCUCAGACCCUGCAGCCGGCAGCCAGGGACCUCUGUCCACUACCCUGACCUUCUCCAGCCCCAGGACUAACCAAGGCAUCACCAUCCCAGUCACUGUGGCCUUUGUGAUGGAUCGCCGUGGGCCUGGUCCUUACGGAGCCAGCCUCUUUCAGCACUUCCUGGACUCCUACCAAGUCAUGUUCUUCACGCUCUUUGCCCUGCUGGCUGGGACGGCUGUCAUGAUCAUAGCCUACCACACAGUCUGUGCACCCCGGGAGCUCACCAUGCCUCCAGCCCUCAUGCCUCCAGCCGGCCCCCAGCAUAGCCCCCACUAUUUGGCUGCCUCAUCCCCGACAUCUUUCACUGCUCUGCCUCCUGGUCGCAAAUCCAGCCCUGCCUCGGGGCUGUGGAGCCCAGCCUACGCCUCCCACUAGGCAGCAGCAUUGAGGGGCCAGGGCCAGGGCUGAAGGCCGCUCCUCACGGAAGCCCUGAGACCUGCCUCGCACACUUCGAUGAUGGGGACCUCCAUCCCGUUCGCGCUGGAACAAGCCCCUCCACCCAGGCCAGCGUCACUGCUGCCGCUGUUUUGAUAGAGCGUGUUUUAGAUAGGUGGUGCUCAUUAGCUGCUGCUUAUAUGCAGGAGUUUCACGUUUGUUUUUUAUCCUUCCAAAUCCUGCAUAGCUAAGUAAGACUUUUUGGCUCAUUCCUUCAUGAAUGGAUGUCUAGGAUUUCUAGACAAUGUGCAGUUGUGUUUUUAUCUUCUUAGUGUCACUAAAAUCCCUCUCCUCAAGAAUGAGCAGUUAGAAACUGUUUAGAAGUUGUCUGUACUGGUGUUAUGGUAGUGCUCUCAGGGAUUGUCUAAUUACUUUUGGGUUUUUUGGUGGGUUUUUUUCCCCUGUGAAACAUACUUUUCCCCUAGUCCGGCUGCUGCUAGGAAAUUCGGGGAGCAGAGGGACGUGAGUGUCCUGUGCCUGCCCCGCCACUGCACAAGAAGCCUCAGGAACGCAGCGUGCUGAGCCCCUGGAUAGCUGAGCCCGUGGCACGUGGGAGGCUGGAAAGCCAUGUGUGCCCAACACAGGCCUGCUUUUCCUACUCUUCAGGCCACUGUGAAUAGACUUAAGUCCCUUGUGUUUUUUUGUUUCCUAAGUGUUGGAACAUCUGGUGGACUUGGCUUCAGCCCCGCUGAGAUGUCCGGAGUGGGGGUCUCUCUCACUCUCCCUGUCCUGGCUUCUCCAUCAGUGUAGGGAUGUCCAGUGUGGUCCUUAGGAAAGCGUCCUUGAGCCGGUGGCAGGGAUCCUCUUUUCUGUUUGUUUUGAGAAGCAGUCGUGUUCUGCCUCAGCACAAAGGCCAGUGUUACUCGUCCCUCUCUUUUGUACAAUGCUGAUGAUGCUCGAGAACCUCAGCAGAUCUGAGCCACUGCAGCUCCUAGCAGGCCCUGGAGCCCAGCCCAGGCUAAGCUGGGGUGUCCAGGGGCCACCCCUCCAGGAGGGGACUCCCCACAGAGCUGGGGGAGGAGAGGGACUCUGGAAACCCCUCCUCUGCCCAGCUCCUGUCCAGGGUUGAGACUUUCAGAAUGUGACGCCAUGGUGCCGCACCACUCUCAGGGAGAUCCAGAGGCUUGUGCCCCAUAGCUGCCCACGUGUGACGUUGUAUGUGGAGAGGCCAGUCUGACUCUGAGGAUCCAGUGUGAUCCACUUCCGUCCUUUGUGGCUAGGCCAUGCAAUUGAGUUUUCUAAAGCUGGAGAAAGGAAGAACUGUGCCUUGAAUUACUUGAGCUCACACUGACAACCUGGAUGUAAACAGGAGCAUUUCUACUUAGUUUAUUUAAUAAAGCUCUAUAUGAUUUCUUA